CACAGUUAAGUUUAGGUACUGUUUGGCAUAAUAAGCCAGUGGUUUAGUCGUUACGGCGUGUCUUUCUACCCACAACAACUAAGGACAGAGGGAUGCAUUUGACGAGAUGAAAUGACAAUAUCUGCACAAGAUCGUCCAACAAACUCCCAGCAUUCAAGGAUGAAUCCAUAAGCAGAUGCCAGCCACGCAACAGUGUGUGUGAGUCAUGGAGACGAGGAAGGAGGACAUGGCCACAUCAUCUCCACCGCGCUCCCUGGUCCAGCAGCUGAGGGACAUGUCUUUGUCCCAGAAGGAAGCCCAAGCCAAAGUGAUGGAGCGCGAGGCCCAGAUCCAGGAGCUCCAGGACAGCAUCACGGAGCUGCACCAGGACGUGGCACAGAAGGACCAGGACAAGCUGAGGCUGCUGCAGCAGCUGCACCUCCUGGAGAGCCAGGUCAAGCAGCUCACCCACCAGGUGCAACAUUCAGAGGAGACAAUAGCCCAGUUGAAGCGGGAAGUGUCUGAGAGACCGGCCAGCAGUCUCACUCAAGAGGGGUCCGUAGAUGCCUCUGUGCUGAGUGGCAUGGAGCUCCUGAAAGCGGAGUUGUCGUCUCGGGACGCCACCAUCGAGAGCCUUCGGCGGGGUCUGCUGCUGUCUCACCAGGCCCGCGACACCCAGAGCGCGCAGCUGGACGUCCAGGAGCAGAGGGUCUGUGGGCUGCAGAGAGAGCUGCAGGAGAGUCGGCAGGAGCUGCAGAGGGGACAGGGCCGGCUCCAGCAGCUGCAGAGGGACCACCAAGACCAGCAGAGCCAGGCAGAGGAGCUCCGUGCUCAGCUCGCCGAGGUCAGAGGGCGUCUCUCGCUGGUGGAGGGCGAGAAUGAGGCUCUCCAGGGAUUCCGACGUGAACAUGGACCUGAGUUGGAGAGGCUCAGUGCUGAGCUGUGCUCCGUGCGAGCGGCGCAGGGGAAAGGGGAGGGAGAGGCAGCAGAGGCCCAGCGGAAAUGCAGAGAGCUGGAGGCAGAACUGGCCUCCACCCGCACCCAGCUGCAGGAGAGCCAAAACACCACUCAGGAGGCCAGCACAAAGGCGAGAGAGGAGAGCCAGGCGCUGCGGGAUGAAGUGAAGAGCUUGAGGUCUCAGCUGGACUCUGUCACUCAGCAGCUGCGGGACAAGAUGUCAGAGCUGCGGACGGUCCAGACAGCAUGGGAGGAGCAGCGUGAUCGCCAGAGCCAAUGGGAGAGCCAGAGGGCCGACCUGCAGGCCAGACUCCAUCGGACCCAAGAGGAGCUACACAGCGCCACCACCAGGCAGAAGGAAGAGAAGGACACGCAGAUUGAAGAGCUUCAGCGUCAAGUGGACCAAACACUGGCCCAACUGGAGCAGGAGCGGAAGGACUGGACCACGGGAGAGAUGAGAAGGUUGAGAGAGGAGCAACAGCACCUGGAGGAGAAGGUGAGGUACAGCGAGAGUCGGGCGCAGGAGCUGCAGGCGGCCCUGGAGGGGGUGGUGGAGGAGGAGCGUCGGGCCAGCCGUCUGCAGCGGGACGCGGGGCUGCAGGAGUGGAUGGGGGGCCUGAGGGUCGCCUCGGAGGCUCUGCGGCGCAGCGAGGCCGACCUGGAGGAGGCGCGGCGGGGCCGAGACGAGGCCCUCAGGAGCCUGCGUCUCCUGGAGGAGGAGAGGCAGAGGGAGAGUUUACACACACAGAGCCUGCAGGAUGACCUCCAGCAGCUGCAAACUCAGUUUGUCCUGAGAGAAGAGAAGCUGGCUGCAGUGGUCCAGGAGGCCCAUGCCCUCAGAGGGCAGCUGGAGGGCCAAGAGGAGGACGCCAGGGCCCUGCGACAGCAGCUACACCACUCCCAGCAUGCAUUGCAGAGCGUGGACACAGAGCUGAAGUCCUGCAGAGAGGAGCUUAAGGCACAGGAGACCCAGCGUGAGGCUGAGGAGAGCAGGUAUACCUCGCUCAAGGCCGACAUGGUCCAGCUGCAGCAGCAGUACUCCUCUUGCUAUUCACAGCUGGUGCAGGAGGAGCGGCAUGUGUCUCGUCUGAAGUGUGAGCUGGCGGCGGUGGGGGAGCAGCAGGUCAGGCUGUCGGCCCAGGAGUCGGAGCUGAGCAUCCAGAACGAGCGGCUGCACACCCAGCUCAGCCUGCUCACCCACAGGCACAGCAGCGCCCAGCAGGAGGUAGCAGGCAGGGAUGAGGCCCUGCUGAGGGUGACUGCUGAGCGGACUACAGCACAAGAACGCCUCAAGAACACGCAGGAGGAGCUGUCGCAGUGGAUGCAGGAGUCUCAGUGUGUGCGAGAGGAGGUGUUGAAGCUGCAGGAGGAGGUGUUGAGGGCCCAGGAGGAGGUGAAGAGGAGCCAGGAGGAGCAGAGCCAGAGGGAGAAGACCCAGCACAGCCAGCAGCUACGACUGCAGCAGCUGCAGGAGGAGAAGGAGGACCUACUCACACAGUGUGCCAGCCAGCGGGAGGCGCUGUGUGAGCUCCAGCGGAGGCAGAGGGAGGCGCAGGCCCAGCAGGAGCAGGAGCGGCAGGAGGCCCACGCUCGCCUCCAGCAGCAGCGCGCCUCCUCCGACCUCCUCCGCCAGGACCUGGAGAGCACGCAGAGGCAGCUGCGGGACGCGGAGGAGCAGAACCAGGAGAGGGAGGCUCAGCUGCGCUCCCAGGACACAGAGCUGGGGAGGCUGCGGGGGGUCCUGCUGGAGGCCCAGGCCCAGGCGGGGGAUGCCGAGGCCAGGCUGCAGCCCCUCACCGAGUCCCUGGAGCUCCACAAGCACAAGUACCAGGCCUGUCUGUCCAAGAUCGGCGAGCUGGAGAGGAGCCUGCAGGCCAAAGAAGAGGACCUGAAGGAGACCAGGGCACAGGUAGCAGAGCGUGAGGAGGGCGCGUUGUGCCUGCGGGGUCAGCUGGUGGCGCUGCAGAGCGACCUGAAGGCCCAGAGUGCCCAGCUGGACAGCGGCGACGACGUGAUGAGCGCCCUGAGCCAGACCCUGCGCAACACGCAGCAGCAGCUGCAGCAAAGCCGGCAGCACGCGCAGGAGUGCGAGAUGGUCAUCAGCACGCUACGGCACACUGUAGCUGACCUGCGCACACAGGUAGAAGAGCAGGAGGAGGCUGUGGUGAAAGCCCAGGCUGAUAUGUCAGUGUACAGAGCCACUCACACACACUCGGACACGACCUACGACCAACAGCUGAACCGCAUGCAGCAGCAGGAACAGGCUCUGAGUGAGGCUCUGGAGAAGUGUGGGGAAGCGGCGCAGGCUCUGAGCGCGUGCCAGGUAGAGCUGCAGCAGCUGAGAGAGGAGGGCCGCCGACUGGCCAAACUCAGAGACGACAGCAUGGCAGAGGUGCUGCGUCUGCAGGAGCUGGUGUGUGGUGUGAGAGAGGAGGUGCGCGGUGCGGAGCAGAGGAGGCAGGAGGAGGUGGGCGCUCUACAGGAGAGAGCAGCCAGACUGGAGGAGCAGCUCCAGACCGCACAGAAAGACAUCGCCCUCAAAGACCAGGCGGUUGCGAAGCGCGAGGCCCUGCUGAGGCGGUCGGAGGCGGACCUGCGUGAGGCGGGGGAGAGGCUGAGGGGGAAGGCCCAGGAGGCCGAGAGGCAGGCGACCGACACCCAGAACCUGGAGGACGAGUUGCAGAGGGCCCGCAGGGAGAGGAGGCAGCGGGACGGGGAGUGUGCCACGCUCAGGACCGAACUGCUGCAGCUACGGGACGAGCUCAAGGAGGCCCGCACCAGCACCAGAGACAUCGCCCAGGAGUUGGCGCGUGAGCAGGAGCGUGCAGUGCUGCUGGAGGGGGGUCAGGUGCGUGCCCAGGAGCAGCUGGCUGAGCGGGUGGCGGAGGUGGUGCGGGCCGAACAAACGCAGCGCAGGCAGCAGGCAGACCUCACCAGGCUCCAGCAGAGGCUGAACAACACAGAGGCAGACCUCCUCAAAUCAAGGAGCCAGGUGGAGCGUCUGGAGGGGGAGGUGACGGAGUGCAGGCAGGCCCUGGAGGAGGUGCAGCAGGAGGGGGUGAGGCAGCGCGAGGAGGCCCAGAAGCUGCAGGGGGAGCUGGACAGCAGCAGACAAGCACAGGACAGCCUGCAGCUACAGCUGAAGGAGCAGGCGGAUGCCAACCAGACGCUGCGUGGGGAGCUGGCGCGGGAGCAGCAGCUGCAGCAGGAGCAGCUGAGCUGGGCCCAGGGGAGCCGCGGCCGAGAGGCAGCCAUGGAGGCCGACAGGGAGCAGCUCAGGACCAAGCUACACUCCGCCAAGAGCCUGCUGAAGGAACAGGAGCAGCUGAUUGGGCGUCUGAAGAAGGAGCAGGGGGCGUGCCAGUCCCAGAUGCAGACGCUGAGGGCGGAUGUGGAGCGCAAGGAGGCUGAUGCCAAGCACAGCUCUGAAAAGGUGUCUUCACUGCAGAGCUCGAUGCUCAGGCUGAGGGAGGAGCUGGAGCAGGCUCAGCAGGAGGCCAGAGAGGCGGCCUCCACCCGGGACACACUGCAGGAGCUGCAGCUGAAACUGGCCUCAGCACAGGCCUCCCACCAGGAGAGCAUGGCACUGCUGGGUGAGCGAAGUCGUGAGCUGGCGUCGGCGCGUGGUGAUUUGUGUCGUCUGCAGCAGCGUGGCUCCCUGCGAGGGGAGGACGAUGACACAGACCGACACCGACAUCAACAUCAGCAACAGCAGGCCGCAGAGCUGACCAGGCUACGCACCGAGAACACACUCACUCAGGAACAGGUGCAUAUCUAUGAGGGGCGUGUGUCGGAGCUGAACGGGCAGCUGGCGCGGGCCCAGCAGUGGGGGCAGCAGCAGCUGGCAGCCCUGGAGGAGCGAGAGGAGGAGGUGGUGGCACUCAGGGUGGAGGUGGCCUCCGUCAGGGACAGCUACCACACCACUCAGGCACAGGUGGAAGCCUUGCAGUCACGACUGGACUCCACUGAGCAGAAAUACCUGGCUGCCGUGUGUGAGGCAGAGGCACUGCGCCAGUCCCUCGGUGACGCUCGCUCCGACAGCAGCCGCAUGCAUCGCGAGAGUCAGCUGGUUGUCUCCAACAUCCAACAGUGGGUCAACGACCAGAAACAAGCCAAUGAGAAAACAUCUCAAAAGAUUCAAGAGCAGAUCAAAACCAUAGUCAACCUCACUGCAGAGAAAGAUCACCUGCAGGAGAGUGUGGAGAGGCUGCAGCAGGAGUUGAGGAGGCUGAAGACAGAGCUGGACGACAGCAGGAUAGAGAUGCGACAGCUGAAGGCCAAACAGGGGAGCAUAGGCGACCUCCCCAGUGCCUUGAGUCCAUCUGCACAUUCGCCGCGGACAGCCAACUGUCAUGUCUGUGGGGAGCCGCACCACCACAGCCCUUCAGUUCCAGGGCCCAGAUGCAGGGAGAGACAGGGCUGCAGCCUAGCAUCACCACACUGGGGAGGCUCAGAGCAGACAGCAGCGCAGGCACUCUGCCAAGACAGCAGGGAGCAGAGCUGCGGAGGAGCGCCGCAGGAGGUCAACAGUAGAGGAGAGGAGGAGCAGGUCAGCAGCGGAGUAGAGGAGAAAGAGGAGGUCAACUGUGGUGUACAGGAGGAGGUCAACAGUGGAGGAGAGGAGACGCUCAGCAAAGGAGAAGAAGAGGAGGUCAGCUCUAGAGUGGCACAGCCAGACCUGGAGAGCAGUCGCCAACAGUCGGAGGGAGAACUCCAGGAGGAUGAUGGCCCUGGCUGCCAAUCUCCCAAACAGCUAACAGAUAACACCACCCACCACCACUCUCUGCUAACAGAUAACACCUCCCACCACCAGCCUCAGCUAACAGACACUGUUAACCACCACUCUCUGCUACCAGACACCGCCAACCAUCAAUUUGUGCACUGUCGCAUGACCUUCGCUGUGGAGGUGGCACGCAGAAUGGCCCAGCGCAGCCUUGAGAGGAGACCCCUGCUCAGGCUGCCGUGGGGCAGAGGUGGGGUGGGGACGGGGACGGGGAGCAGCAGACACACACCUGCUGCUGCUGUGGGGAUGAUGAGGAAGGCUGUGGGCCUCCACCACCCCUCCCUUUGGCAUAGUCGCUUCUAGGUUCUAAUUUGUAAUGAAAGUUAAUAAAAUAUAUAGAGUAGAAUAUUUUAGUAGAAAUGACUUUUUCUGCUGUUAUAUGUGCCAUCCAAAAAACACAUUGGUCCUAACUUGGGCCUUUCCCCCUGGAUGCCACUGGCCUUUGGAGGACCAUGAGUUGGACAAAAUGAUCUCAGAGAUUAACAGUCAGACAAUGUGAAUGUAUUGUUCAAAAGCCAGGUAUGUGCAGAAUGUGUACAGUUUCUUUUUUAGUUUUUUUUGUAAGGGAGAAUUUAACAAUUGUUUAAGGGGGUUAUUUGUAACAGGGUUGUGUCUAUUUGUGUUUGAGAACUUCUGUGCAUGUUUUCAGGGAAAGGUAAGCUGUGAAACAUUGAACUUGUUUGAUUUGUAUCAGGGUCAUUAUGCUUCAUGUUGUUGUUUUAACCAUCGUUGCUGGUGUUUUUAUUUAGUAUUUAACAUUCAGUUGUGUGGUUGUGUAACUGAACUUGUAAAAUAUCUGUCUCUUCAUAAAUUGAAGGAACUUAUUUAUUUGAAUUGUAUCACCUUUGUUUUUUGUUGUUGUAAAUUUGGGUAUCUUACAAGGUUACUUUUACUGUGUAUGUUUAUAUGUCAUGGCCUUUAUUAUCAUUUAAAAGAUUGUAGUGAAAAAGGUGUGCCUUCUUAGACAGAUAGCUGUCCUUUGAUUGCCUGAGUUUUGUGAUCACUGAACCUGUCAUAUUUAGAUUUUUAUCCAUAUUGUGCCAUGUUCCCAUUAUUCAUUACUGUGAAUUAAAAGUAUAUGAAGCCGAUUCUGCUGCAUCAAAAUGUGAAUUCUAAAAUCAUUUGAAUAAACUGUGAGUUCUGAAGUGAA